GCACGCAUGCGCACUGAGUUACGACUAGCGGCUGCUGUUGACAUACGGCUGGUGAUGUGAGAAAUAACGGUCUGCGGCACACCAGCUUUAGAGUUGAAAUAGCUGCAUUAUACCCGUUUUAAAUGCCGUUUUAAAAUCGCAUUUUUUAGGUAUUGGCUAGUAAUAUUUUUCUUUUUAAUUUGCCAAUGGAAGUCGGUGGGCAAAACGUUGAUUAGCAAGGGUUGCUAAUAAGCUAGCUAGCAGCGUGUCGUAGCUAAGGCACGGCUCAGCUGCUCACACUUCAAAGGGGCCAAGUUUCCGGGGGCGUUAAAGGAAAAUGCGGUGAUUCGAUACGUGGCUGGAUGCUGUUGUUUUUCGUAUCGACUAAAUUGAUGUAUGGACUGAAAGAACCGAACAAGAGAUGAGUCAGCUUUGGUGGCGAGAAAAGCGCCUCUCUGAGGAUUUGGGGAAUGGCUCCCCCAACGGCCUCCCUUCCUCCGCCGCCCCACCAAUAUCCAACGCGUCUUUGGCCCCCGAAACCCCCCUGGUCACACCGGAAGAGCCUUUUUUCCUCAUGACCUCCACUGCGCAAACCAUAUCAGGGUUUUUUGUGUGGACAGCCCUGCUGAUCACAUGUCACCAGAUCUACAUGCACCUGCGUUACUAUAGCUCUCCCAACGAGCAGAGACACAUAGUCCGGAUCCUUUUCAUUGUCCCCAUCUACGCCUUCGACUCAUGGCUCAGCCUCCUCUUCUUCACCAACGAGGAGUAUUACGUGUACUUUGACACAGUCCGAGACUGCUAUGAGGCCUUUGUCAUCUACAACUUCCUGAGUCUGUGUUACGAGUAUCUAGGAGGAGAGAGCGCCAUCAUGGCAGAAAUCCGAGGGAAACCUAUCGAGUCGAGCUGCAUGUAUGGAACCUGCUGUCUGUGGGGUAAAACCUACUCCAUCGGUUUCCUCCGGUUUUGCAAACAGGCCACUCUGCAGUUCUGUGUGGUGAAGCCCCUGAUGGCAAUGAUGACCGUCAUUCUCCAGGCCUUUGGAAAGUACAAAGAUGGAGACUUCAACGUGGCGAGUGGGUACCUGUACGUCACAAUCAUCUACAACAUCUCUGUCAGUCUGUCGCUCUACGCACUCUUCCUCUUCUACUUCGCUACACGUGAGCUGCUGGUUCCAUACAAUCCAGUGCUCAAGUUCUUCAUGGUCAAGUCAGUCAUCUUUCUCUCCUUCUGGCAGGGAAUGCUGCUGGCCAUCCUUGAAAAAUGUGGAGCGAUUCCUCAGAUCAACUCUGCAAACUUCUCAGUCGGUGAGGGAACCGUUGCUGCCGGUUACCAGAACUUCAUCAUCUGCAUCGAGAUGUUCUUUGCUGCUGUGGCCUUGCGCCAUGCGUUCACUUACAAGGUUUACAUGGAUAAACGGCUGGACUCGUACGGCUCAUUUUCUAACUAUGGACAGUACGGUCGCUGUGCUCCAAUGAAGAGUAUUUCCAGCAGCCUGAAAGAAACCAUGAAUCCAGGUGACAUGGUCCAGGACGCCAUCCAUAAUUUCUCUCCGGCAUAUCAGCAGUACACCCAGCAGUCCACGCUGGAGCGAGGUGGGGGGCCGCCCCUGUCCCGCAGCCACAGUAACCUCAGCACCCGCGGAGACAACGAAAAGACGCUUCUGCUCAGCUCUGAUGACGAGUUCUGAGCCCCAAAACCUUCUGAUGCUCGUCUCACCUCUACAAUUUGAACUAAGUCUAUGCCUGUUGAGACAAAUUCCUAUUUUUAGCCUUAACAUGGAAGGUGAAAUGAUGUUUAGAAAUCAACAGCAACAUGUAAGGGAGGAUGCUCAAAGGGGGUCAAACUCAAGAGCGUAAAGCUGGGUGUUGUUCUGAUGUCAUUGCAGUGAUGAUUGUUUCCAUUUGCCGAGUGUGAAUCAGAGCAAAUAUCCACGCCUGCGUUUCACACCUUAAAUGUGCACUUUAGAAGGUAUGGCAGAAAAUGGGUCACUUAGAAGGCUGAGAGGAUAAAAAGUGCCAUUUUUGAACUGAAACAUGCGGCUUUCUCCAUUCUUUAGUUUUACUUUGACUCUGAUUGCCAAAAAGAGGGAACAGAAGCCAGCAUCUCACUGUGGUCCAGUUCAGAUUGCUUUAUAAGAUUUUGAAUUUUGUUGUAUAAUCCUACAGUGAUGUCAUUUUAACACUAGUUUGCUGGAAAAGAUUCUAUAAAUGUUAAAUAUACCGUAUAUUUUGUCAUUAGUGUGGGCCGUAAGCGUAAUAGUGAGUGCAGCUGCUGGUCUGCCUCUUGUGAUGUUUGGUUUUUGGAGCACUGAAGCAACAGCUGGGCUAGAGAUUUUUUUUUUUUUUUUUUGCGUGGGCAGAAGGACCAACGAAUAAAUACACUCACGCAGAUUACAGAAGAAAGGACGCUCCCGCCAGAGCCGGCCCUGCUGGGAUGUGCCGUGGAUUAUAACCUCGUCAUUAAUGGCAUUACGUGCUGUCCGGGUCAGGCCUGCCUCUGGUGGUGCUGCUUGUAACAACACUAUUGCUGCAGUGUUUGUGAAAGAUGUCAAUCAUUACAACAACAACAAAAGUUUUCUUUUGGGCAAAAUCCAAACAAUUUGACUAUCUGGCUAUAGUUAGCCACUGCAGAUCAACACUACUGGAGUUGUUGUGAAGAAAGAAUGUAUCAAAGAUGAGAAAUUAAGAGCCAAAAUGGGGUCCGUUAACGUGGCAUUAAGUUAGCAGCAUGGUGAGAACAUGUAUCUGGUUUAGUUUGCAGUUGAAGCUUAACUCGUAUCUGUAGUGCUCUAAAUGUCAGUCUCUCCACAGGUCUUAUCUGCUGUCUCUGUGGGGCUUCACUUAAAGUCAGGGGGUUGAGAACAUUAAUAAAUGAACACGUAAAUGGUUCUAGUAAAGCAUAGCAAUUUAUUACCUUCAGCACAUCAAACAAACUCAACCUCCUGCAAACAAAACCUCAUUUAAAUUAGUGCUUUAACAUAGAACAACUCCUGCAGCUAUACGAAUAAAGAUUGCAUUACAUAGCAUUAACAGAGCACUGUGAAUUAUUCACAGAAAUGCCAAGCAUGGUAUUGUUUGGUAUGGUUUUUAAUAUUUUUGUGUUUUAAUAUUUUUAUUUGAAAAAAAUGCACCUGUUCUGUUUUAUUUUUGCUGUAUCCUUUUUACAAUGUUAAUUCAAAAUAUAUGGUGUUUUAAUGCUGAAUAGAUUUUUAUUGGUGUUGCAAAGUAAAUAAAAGAUCAGUUGAGGAAAAAAA